ACAUGCGAAUGUUAUCACUGUGUCCUGCUAAUUAGACAAGCAUUCAUCUCAAAAGCAUGCUUCAAAUUCUAUUUUCAAAUGUGAAUUAUAAUAGCUACUGGUGCUUUAUUAAUUCAAAAUGGUAUGCUUGCAUGUAAAAAUUGCAUACAUAUAACAUGACUUAUUUUCACGAGCUAGGAAUUAUGCAAAAAGAUAGUGAAAAGAUUAGAAGCAAUAAACCCACGUCAAAAAUUGUUAAUUACAAGUUAACCACACCCACAUCCGCUUGCUAAUUAACCAAUGUAAACACUAAACACUGGAGAAGGAGGAUCGAUCAGUCAUCUGUUUCCAUUGGGACUCUAGAUUGCAUCAGCCCAGAAGCAGCUAAGUCUCGAGAACACAAGCCACCAAGUCCAGUCCUCUCACACAGCGUAAGGUGAACGCCAGGACUUUGUGUUGCCCCAGAUUAUGAUAUCACACAAACGCCUUGUAAAAAGAAUUGACAUUUUUUACAAGCACAGAGCCCGCGCUUUUUAAAGCCCUUAGAUACGUUUCCCAUUCCUCUAGUUAAUGCUAUAAGUGAUCUAUUCUCUCAUCAAAUAGUUGCUCUUCAAAAUGGAUCUUGAUUUUGAAGAAGAAAGUGACAACAGUAGAACAUCACUAGGAGGCUAUGACUAUUUCUUUCUGGAGGAGCCACCCUCGGAUGUGGUCUGUCCGAUAUGUCACCUGGUUGCUAGAGAACCACAGCAGGUCUCAUGCUGUGGCAAGAUAUACUGUCAGAGUUGCUUUAGCGAGCUGGAGUCACAGAGCAAGUGGAGACUCCGCUGUGCCAACUGUCGGGAAGAAGAGCCAGACUCUUUCCCGGACCGUAAAACUGCUGGACAAAUAAACUCGCUCAGAGUCGCUUGUCUUAAGAGAGAUGAUGGCUGUAGCUGGAGGGGAGCUUUGAGAGAGUUAGAUACUCACCUCUCCCACUGUGAGUAUGCCAACAUGACCUGUCCCUUCAGUGUCUUUGGCUGCUCUGUCCGUCCUCUUAGAAAGGAUCUAGAGGAGCAUGAGAAUACUAGCCUACGCCAUCACCUCAAGCUAGCUGUGAAACACGUCGGAGAGCUACAGAAGAUCAUAGAAGAGAAUAACGAUGAGCAGAAGGAGAGAGCUAGUCAUCUCGAGGCUUCUAUAAGGGAGCUAAAAGCAGGGCACACAACUCACAAGAAGGAAAUCAGGAAACACGUAGAGAAGAAGCUUGAGUCUCAAACGGACUCGGUUCGGUCUAAACUAUCAUCACUCAAGAACGAAAUAAUCCUACAAAACUCUAGCCUGCCGCUUGUCUUCAAGCUAAGCAAUUUCUUUGACCUAAAAGAGGACGAUGAAGACUGGCGGAGUCCGCCAUUUUACUCACAUCAAGGAGGCUACAAGAUGUGUCUCAGAGUGUACACCAAUGGCUGCUCUGAAGUGAGGGGCUCGCACAUAUCGCUCUACGUCUACCUCAUGAAGAGCGAUCACGACCAUAAGCUAGAGUGGCCUUUUCGUGGGACUAUACACGUUCAGAUACUCAACCAGUUAGAGGACAGCUGCCACUACAGCGAGAAAAUAACCUUUAGCAGUCGAGAGAUCAAGAAUUACAAUGGACGCGUCAAAACACAGACAAACAUAGGAGUGACAGGGCUGGGUAAGAGCCGGUUCAUAGCACAAUCAGAGCUUGAGUACUCAAGGAGAGAAGAGGAGGAGGGAGAGGAAGAAGAGGAGGAGGAGGAGGAGAGAGGGAGAGUGUACGCUUGCCAAUAUCUGAAAGAUGACUCCAUAUAUUUUCGUGUCAGUAAAGUCGAAGUAGUUUCGGAGAGCACUCGUCCGUGGCUGGCCCAGGCCAUCGAAGACAUCACCAAUGACUGAAGGAGCUUAUGGUAUUGACUAAUACUCAGAUAUAGAAACUGAUACACACACACACACACACAUAUACAUAAUAGAACUAUCAUUAUUUAUCGCAUAAAAAUUUUGUCAGUUAAUCUAGAAAGAGAGCCUUGAUAAUAAUAAUAAUAACAAUAUUGUUUUUUUAGCAACAGGUCUUAUUAACGAAAUAAACACACAAAGAGAGAUUAAUAUUAUUAUUUUUUAGCUAUUUUAUCCUCAUUACA